CACUUUGACGAGAAGAAAACAUGCGUCUCAACGCUAUCGCUUUAAUUCUCGCGCUGUGUGUGCUACAUGUGUGUGGGCAUACUCGACCUCGGGGUUAUUUUCCUGAUCAUCUCCACAUCGAACCAGGUGUCGUUGCUGAGUUUGCGAUCUUCUCGGGGCUUGUCGUGUGUCUCUAUGGCUUUCGACUGCUGCGGUUGAUGAUUUUCCUUUCUGGAUUUCUCGUCAUUGGAUUGUUAGUCUCAGUGGCGUUUGAGAACACUUUCGGAUUGAAGACGUGGGUACUCGCAGCUUCAUGGAUCGGCUUCGUUGUUAUGGGAGCUGCUGGAGGUUGCGUGGCGCUGGCAUUCUUCCCGUUAGGCGUGUUUUUGGUGGGGUCUAUACUGGCCUACGCGUUCACUUCAUCACUUCCGUAUCGUAUGCUGCCGGGUGAAUCUAGCGCUGUACUUAACGGGGCAGUUGUGGUGUUGGGUGGAAUGCUCGCGUGGCUGCUAGUACGUCCGUUUGCCAUAGUUGCUAGCAGUCUCGUGGGCUCAAUAACAGCAGUGUGGGGUAUCGGCUAUUUCGCUGGCAAGUAUCCACGUAGUGACGACAUUAAUCGCUUCCAUUCAUACGUUAUGAGAGGCAGAGAGCCUUGGAUUUAUUCCGUGCCAGGAGCGUGGUGGGCGUAUCUGGCUGCAAUGCUAGUGCUGCUAGUUGUUGGGAUGAUCAAGCAAUGCCGCGAUGUCGACAAAGCACGAAGUUACAGCCGCAUUGGUCGCUACACAGGCUGGCGAUCCAGUCCCAACAUCCCGAUUCCAUGAGAGUCAAGAAGUUAGUAAGACACGGAGACUGCAUUCAUUAUGAAGUCUAAAAUUUCAGAGAUCACUUCUCGUC